GGGGGUUACCAGAGGAAGAAGUUGAAUGGAUCCGAGGGUAGCUUGGAUUCAGCCCGAACAGAAAGGACCUGCGAACGCCUUAUGGAUGCACGUCUGGGAGACCUCUCAGGGAGUACGGACACUCUCCGCUCACCAGCAGCUCCACAAUCAAAACCACAACCAGAGCGUGAAUUACGCUGCGUUGGAUGUUUUAAAAAAUGUGGCGACCGCGGUGGCAUCGAGUAAGAGCAUUUGCAGCAGCAACGGUAACGCUGCUGCCAGUUUGAGCAACGGCAGCAGCCAUCACAGCAUCAUGAACGGCACUACGAGUAUUAACGGCACUGCGAUGUCCUCGCUGGGGAUAGCACUGUCCAACGGGAACCUACAUAACUCCUUCUCCACGGCAAACGGAGCUGAACCAGGUGAGGGGAAAACCUUGCCCCAGAAGACGGGAUCCGUCUCCUCCUCGUCCUCCUCACAGGAAUCCGGGACGGACAGCCCCCCUUCCAGCUGCUCACUUGAGAGGACUAUGGGUGGAAAUGUAACGGGCAAUAUUAAUAAAAACGUCGGGGGUGCCAAUCUGCUCUUCAACAUGAGCGACAGCAUGGACAAUAAUGUCAACCUUUACCACCAUCAUCACCGUCACCUACAGGAGCACCCGGCUUUCAAUUUACAGCAGAUUUGCGCGAAGCGCCAUCAGGUUCACCCCUCGGUACCUGUAAAUCACACACAUAAUCACCAUCCAGGCCGAAGGAAAAGUGACAACAAAGCAAGCACUUAUGGGAUGAAUUACUUGCUUUCAAACUGCACUAAUGGCAAUUAUGCGAGCACUUGGACGCCCUGGAAGACGAGGAAGUACAACCCUGGGGUCCUCGGACUCCACGAGGAGGUGAUGGACUUCUACAACUUCAUGUCUCCUCGGCCAGAGGAAGCAGCUAUGAGGAAGGAGGUGGUGAACCGGAUAGAGAUGAUCAUCAAGGAGCUGUGGCCCACUGCAGAUGUCCAAAUAUUUGGCAGCUUCAGCACAGGGCUGUACCUUCCAACAAGUGACAUUGACCUGGUGGUGUUCGGGAAGUGGGAGCGCCCCCCGCUGCAAGAGCUGGAACAAGCUCUUCGCAAGCAUAACGUGGCUGAACCCUUCUCAAUCAAAGUGCUGGACAAGGCUACUGUGCCAAUCAUCAAGCUGACAGACCAGGAGACUGAGGUGAAGGUGGACAUCAGUUUCAAUGUGGAGACUGGAGUCAAGGCGGCAAGCUUCAUUAAAGAUUAUGUAAAGAUGUAUCCAGUGCUGCCUUACCUGAUCUUUGUGCUAAAGCAGUUUCUGCUGCAGAGAGAUCUGAACGAAGUGUUCACCGGGGGAAUCAGCUCUUACAGUCUCAUCCUCAUGGUCAUCAGCUUCCUACAGCUCCAUCCUCGCAUUGAUGCCAGAAACCCCAACGAGAAUUUGGGCGUGUUGCUGAUCGAGUUCUUUGAGUUGUAUGGCCGCCAUUUCAACUACUUGAAAACAGGGAUUCGCAUCAAAAAUGGAGGCGCAUACAUAGCCAAAGAGGAGAUCAUGAAGGGCAUGACUAAUGGAUACAGGCCAUCCAUGCUGUGCAUAGAGGACCCACUGCUUCCAGGUAAUGAUGUGGGGAGGGGUUCCUAUGGUGCCAUGCAUGUCAAGCAGGUGCUUGACUAUGCCUACACUGUUCUGAGUCAUGCCGUAUCCCCGCUUGCACGGUCGUAUCCUAACAAAGACUGCGAAAGCACCUUGGGCAGGAUAAUCAGGCUGACCCAGGAAGUGAUCGACUACAGGGAAUGGAUCAUUAAGAAGUGGGGGGGCAGGGAUGUGGCUCGAACUGACAACAGAGUUUCACCUCCCAAGGAGCCGACAUCGGAGCAGGAGCCCUGUGUGCUCGGUGGUGGUGUGGGGCCGGAGGAGCAGCAAAGGGACUCGGUGUCGCCCCACAGUGCAGACUCCCCCAUGUCCAUCUCCAGCCCCCAGCAGCACUCCUCAGCCUCCUCUGUCUCCUCGCUGUCCGGAUCAGACAACGACUCUGAUUCGGCGCUGCCGUGUCCCGUCCCUCCACCAGCCAUGCCUCCAUACCCGUCUUUCCCUCCCCUGGGCCUAGCUUUACCACCAGGCCUCAGCAUGGGCACAGGCAAGCACGGUAUGGGAGGACACCCACUCCUCAUGCAUCCAGGCUCACAGGCUCGCGUCUCACUGCCCGGUGGUCUAGCAAUGCACUCCAUACCUGGCAGACAGGUGUGUAUAGACACCGGGCUCCCCCCCUUCUUCCACAUGCCCCCCCCAGCCCAUGCCCAUGCUCAUGCCCCUGCCCCUUCAAGCCCCCAGCCUCCGCCCAGCCCCCACUCCAGCCACACACACAAGAACGGAGUCAAGUUCAACGUGAAGGGCUUCCACAACCCGCCGCUUGUCAACAACCCUGUUCUGGCUAACCGCGGACACACACACGCUCACACGCACACACAAUAUCACCGCAACACUUGGCGACGCAGAAAGAGGGACAGCCUACCGGUUAGCCUCAGCAGAUAGAAACCACUCCUGUUCCCCCUCCACUUUUCCUCCCUCUCCUCUCUGGCUGCGAGAGCCUGGCUCUUCGUUCGUCCCGACGGAGGAUGGACGGGCAGACAGAGGACCAGAGACCAGCAGUUUUCACUCUGGGGCUGCCGCCACACAGAGCAACAGCCCUCAGCUCUGCAUCUUCCUCCUACUUAUCUCUACCUUUCCAUUUCUGCAUGACUUUUGUUCACAGUUUGGUAGUUUCAGUAUUAUGUUACUGUCAGUAUUUUGAUUUUUCCUCUACUUGGCUUCAGGUCAGUUCCUGUUUUAUUUUGUUUUUGUGGGACUUGGUGGUGAUGCCAUUGCCAUGUUCAUUUGACCUCGUCUUGACCCCUGCAGCCAAGCUGCCUGUGGUUCAGUGUUACUUUACUUUUUUUUUUUUUUUUACAGUUUAUAUACUUAAGAACAAACGGUUUUUCAUUUUGUGCAAUACUGUUAUUUUUUUCUUUUUGGAACUAAAGUAAAUGCUUAUUUAAUUUUAUGUGUGUAUAUGUAAAGGCUUUUUUAUACUGUUUUAUUUUUGUAGAAUUUUAAAUUUUGUUUACGGAACCUUUCCCCAGGCAGCAUCUCUGGACUGUGUGUGUGUGUGUGUGUGUGUGCGUGUGUGUGUGCGUGUGCAUCAUUUGUUGUUUCUGAGUGUAAGCGGGAGUGUAUGCACCUGUCUGUCAUAAGGUUGAGAUGGCCCCCCCUCCUUCUCUUCUUCUCUCCUCUCUUGACUUGUGUUGUUCUCUUUGAUUAAGGGAAGCAGGAACAGGAAGGGAUACGGAACGCUUUGUCUCGAAAUCCCUUUAAUUUUUCCUUCAUCUGUCUUGUGAAAAUGGGCGAGGUUAACAUGAAAUUCCUUGUGGAACUUUUGUUCCUCGGUCCACUUAGUCCAAGGCAUCCUGGGGGGAAGUGGAGGGACGAAAAUUGCACCCUGGGAUAUCCUGAGACAUGAAGGGAGAGGACGUGCUUCUGUUCUGGCUUAGAAGAGGUAGCUCCUGAGCAGACAGAGCUUUAGCAGUGCCACCUCGAGAUUGUGUGUAUGUGUUUAUCUCUGUGUGUGUGUCCCUCACGGGACUGUGUUGUUGCCAUAUUUUGUCAGUCAGGGGAAUGCUGGCAGUGGCCUGCUAGUUUUGUCUUGGCCGUCUUUCUCUCUGCUGGAGGCCAUUUUAAAAGUAAAGCUUCCAUACAGUGUAGGAUUUUGGUCUGAAAGAGCCUGUUCUGUUGAACAUAUAUGCUAGUGUGUUUUUCAUUUUUGUGCUUGUCCCUUUUUAUUACAUGUUGUAGGAGGGUUGGGGCCAACAAGGCAACAGCUUAUCUGACUUGAAUUUGAAGAUCAAGAUUAGGGUAAGAGGGCAGAAAGCCACUGAUUCCAGGUCAGAGAAAUCCUCUUAUUCUCUCUAGUCGAGGGACGCGGUCGCGGAAAUCUGAUCCCCACAGGCUGAGGUCAACUCUCGCCCGCAGCUGUAAAUCAGUGCAGACCAACACUAAGAUGCUCAGCGAUAAGGUUUUCUCCUUCGUGGUCCUGGACAAAGGAGAGGGAGGGGGAGUCUUCCUGAACCAAGGACCCUAGUGAAAGGGAAUUAUAUUUUGAUUCCAUUCAGGAAUCUUGUGUAUAUUUGAUUGCCAGGUACUUCCGCUAAUUGUUUGCAAUGCCUUUCUUUGUGUUUACUUGGAGUGUGUGUACGUCGUAUUUUUCUGCGAGCACACCGUGUCAAACAAAUACACACACUCACAGACAGGACUGUCGAAGGCUGUGACUCGCCCAGAACACUACACACGCUGGUGUUAUUACUAUGCAAGUGGAUUCCUCUAAUUAUUGUGUCAACUCUCUAGUCUUUCCAUUUCUUUUCUUUUUUUUUCUUUCCAAAUGACAAAAUGCAGCUUGUUGGACUAGAGUAAUGUUACUGACUGUCAGACUUGCAAGCCAACUCAUUUGAACUCCAACCGCGUCCCCACAGCCCCGUUGUAUUUGUAUGAAGGUCCUGACAUGUUUCAAAGUCUAGUUUUCUACAUGUAUCCGUCAAAUAUAAGGAACGGGGGUUGUUAAUGUCAAUGGUUGGGUCUGGGUCUGUGUAGUGUGUGACAUAGUGAAACGUGUGUGAGAAGGUGUUAGGAGUCAUGUCGUUCCACGACAGGUUUUUAAUCAGACGCCCGGCGGUUCAUGAGCAGGUGCACCCAGAGAGCGACUUGCCCUCUGCAGGUGCACCUAUAGAAGGGGCCAAUGUGUCCACCAACAAUUCUUUACUUUUUACUGAGACUUCUGUCAGUACUGUUACACUUUUUACAUGUUCUUUUUCUUUAAACCAUGGCAACUCUGAUCCCUCAGUCAAAACUGCACCGGGCAUCAAUUCGACCUCAAAUGAAGAGUUUCUGCUUUGACAGAUUAUGAGCUAAUCAUCACCUCCAGAUAGAGAAUAUCCUUUUAAUGAUUUGACCAAGAAAUAUCAUUGAUGCGCUCAGCCAUGAUAUCAUACCCUUCCACCCUGUUAUUCCCAAUUGGGUUAUAACCCUCUUCGUUAUUACUUCCAUCCAUAUGAAGGAGAUCACGUUAGUGCAUGAAAUGCUCAGUUCCAUGCAAUCCUAGCCCAGGAUAAAUUGGAUAACAAGUUGGAUGUAGUCAGCAAACCCUCUCAGCUUUUUCAGACUGCAUCCCUGACAGCCACGUCUGCUUUUACAGAUCAGAACCAGCAUUGAUGACAGGCUGAAAAUUAAAUUGGUAAUGGAAGGUUGUUGACUGGGUAAGAGUUGCCUGCUUAUUCACUGCAAAGACUUGACAUGCAGUAUCCUAAGAAGUCUGUAUGGAUUAAAAUCUCUGUGCAUCUCAGCAGUCCGAUGUAGAUCUCUGUGUUCACUUUUCCUUUGUCACUUUCUAUCCGAUGGUGGUGGAAACGGUUAAACAAAGGUCUUGGUUGUGCUCCGGCACAUUGCCUUCACUUCACACCUAUUUGACCUAAGUGACAGUAAAGGGAAGCACCACAGAGUGGCUCGGACCACUGAGACUUUGACGUACACAUGUACAUGUAAAUGCAAUGUAAUAUUACCCUCAUUGCAAUACAAUGAGGGAUUUUAAACUGGCGGCUGCUGUUUAGAGAAAGGUGGCAGCCCCUCUGUGUCCUGGCUGGUUCAUGUGAGCAGUGGCCCUCUAAACGGACACCCAGCUACCGGUGGCCCGAGGGAACCACUGCCCAGCUUCUGUUUUUGUUUUGUUUUUUUUGACAUUUUUAUGUAAAUAUAUUUUUUUCUAUUUUAUUUUUUAAUAAACAUUUUAAAACUGCCA